GUAAGGCUUUGAUGGCCGAUAAACUGUUCGCACCUUUCGAUUUACCUGUACAGGUGUUUUAAAUCUUUUGAUGUCUUGAUUUGGAGGUGGGGGGUAAAUUAACGUCAUAAUGGACUUAGACCAGCCGACACUGAUAGCCUACCGUGCCUACAUACAGCACCAGAUCCGGGGUGACCUCAAUGGAGUGGGGCUCGGACCAGCUAAAACUCCCUUUUAUUUCGCGGUCGCCUGUGCCAUUUUCGGAGUACUGUUCGGCAUCGUCGGGAUACUCAUAAUAACGCUGCGGUUUAGACAUGUCUACCUGGUGUCUUGGAACGACCAGUUUCUUGGUCCCGCAUUUGUCAUCAUAUUUCUGAUAUUGAUGUCAGCAGCGACUUACUUGAUUGUCGUUGCGAAGAGAAGAAGUAACCGAUUCAGGAGAGAGCUCUACUUUCGUCCAAUUGGUGACUAUGGUGUUGGAGUUAUUCACAAGAGCAUGCUUACCCAUGAGCAUCAGCUCAAGUCCGAGCUGAAAUCAGGCACCACACCACACAAGAAAAUCAUGCCGAGAGGUGAUAUGUAUUCUCAUGAUGGUGUAAAGAGAGAUAAGUCACGUGGUCAUGAGAAUCGGGCUUAUGACCAGGAAAGGGACGACCAUCAUCGUAGAAGACCACAAGGUGAACGCCGGGACGAUGACAGGCGCAGACGUCGCGAUGGUGAUGACAGACGGCCACGCAAUGGUGAUGACAGACGUCCACGUGAAGGUGGCGACAGGCGACCACGCGAUGGUGAUGACAGAAGACCACGUGAAGGUGAUGACAGAAGACCCCGUGAAGGUGAUGACAGAAGACCCCGUGAAGGUGAUGACAGGCGUCGUCAAGACGAUAGGCGCAGGUACGAGGAAGACCGAAGGCGACGAGCGGAGGUGAAACGACAGGAAGCAGAAGGCGAGGGACCACCAUCUGAAGAACGAGUCAGGGGGAGACGACCACCCAAGUUCAUCCAACCCAGCUCUCAGGCACCCGCGAUAGUUUUGGAUGCAGAUUUUGGAGUGGGAACAGGCCAUGUCGAUUCUGAAUCAGAGCUGUGAUCGAAAUGGAGACAACAAUUUUAAUAUCAAUGAUUCAUUGACCAUUAAUGGGAUGUAGUCACCACAAUCUCUGUAUAAUUAUAAUCCACCUUUUUCCUAUGGAGUCCGACUCCAUGAAUAGGAAAGAGUUAGCUAUAUAGUUUAGAAACAGUGGAUCUUUAUAAAUGUGGGGUGUUUUUUUUAACGAUUUCAAGGCUAAUUUGGGCACAAACGGAGAUCUAUACUUCAUAAAUACUGAGAUCUUUUUUUAUGCUGUAAUAUUCCUAACAUGUUCAGAAAUGCAUUUCAGUUUACUUAAUCUACCGUAAUUAUGGCUUAACAUUCCAGUCAUAUUCAGGCCAGCAUAUUUAUACUUGCAUGUAGUUUGGGCUUGUUUAUCAGUAUGUCAUAAAUAUGUUAUUUAUGGAAUACUUGCCUAUAUUUUAGGCACAUCCUUUAUCAUCUCAUCUUGGUGCAAUCUAAAGCCCUGAAUUAGUUUUCCCUUUAAAUGUUGUCAGAUUACUGGUGCUAAAACUUUUAUCAGAUGGCUUAACAGUGCAAGGGCUAUCCCGAGUUUAUAAUCUCUGUAUCAUAUUUACAUUAAAAAAAAAUUUGCUUUCAUAAAUAUAGAAUACUAAACGAGCCUGCCUGUUAUACCAUUUUUAUGGGAAACUAGUGAACAGUUUUGGUAUCUGACGAGUGAAAGCGAGUCUGAUACCAACACUGUUCACGAGUUUCAUAAGCUCAUUUAGUAUUUUAUUUAUUACAAAUCAACUGCAAACAAGCUGCAAUGUAGAAGUAAGCAGAUCGAGACUUACUACAUGUUAUGUUUUCUACAAAUUGGGUCAAUGAGUGAUCUACGUCACGCCAAUAUUACACUAGUUAGAUACUGAGUGAUUGUUAUUACAUGAGCAAUAUCAUACACUGGUGUGUAAUAAAUGAAUAUCUAUAUAUACUUUAAUACAUUUCUGUUCAUCAUAUUAGUUGAUCAGUAUGGAUGUAUAGGAUUUCAUGCUGAUUUCAAGGUACAUGCAAAAGAUUAAAUGAUCUUUAUAAAGCAUAAAAUCGUACACCACCUUCAAUAAAGGUAAUAAUCAAAUCAUAUUUUCAAAGUAAAAAAAAGAAGAUACAUUAAAAGUGUAUAGAUGAAAAUCGUGUGGGGUUGGGGGUGGGGAAUCAUAUCAUUAAUUUUUUUACCAGCAAUUAACUCUUUUCAUCCAGUAACCAUAAUAUAUUUGAAAUGACUGGGUCAUGGGGAACCCUGGUUUAAAAGUAGUGUGUCCACUAGUGUCUAUGUGGACAUGUUUUGUGUGCGUGUCCAUUUAUGUAGUUAACAGACUGUUGUAGUUUUAUGUCCACUUGUUUGUUUUCUGACACAUGUCCUACCUAUUGCUACAUGAUCCGGGUGGCACUGCACCAGACAAAUGGACACACUACUUUAGUUUUAUUAAUCAAUAACUAUGUCAGUAAAUUAAAAUCCACUAUCAGUUUUUAAUAAUUUAUGGCUACAGACAGAAACUAGUCCCUUUAAGAUUUUUUAUUGUUUUCAGUCAUCCACGUCCUAUUUUAGCAUCACAAACUGGUUCAUAUUGGUGACCAUUGUACAUACCAUUUUAGUGCACAAAUCGCUUUCUUUUUAAACAGCCUAUAUACUAUUAAGCUUUUUGAUAUAGUUGUAUCAUUUUUAUGUAUAUUAAAAUACACAACGUUGUACAUAUAUGCAUCCCUAAAAAUUCAGAUUAUUCUGUGAUGUCAAAUGAAUGGAUGACAGUUUAGUACAGAUAAUAAAGUAAAAUUUCUGCUAAUGAAAACAAAUGUCAUAGCACACAUUUUGCAACAGCUUUUAGCAUCGUUAUUCCUGAUACCUAUUAUAUAUACCCUGUCAUGAAUAGCUUCGGGGAGAGCAGAAAAUGUUGCCAAAUUAUCAAUUAAACAUCAACAUUUUGCAGAAACCCAGUUAUUAUCCAACAAAAUACCAAUAAUUACAUGCAGUUAUUUCACCAAAGUAAAAUAAAAUUUGUCAAUUGUUUUUAAAAAGUUGCAGUUUGUGAAUGCCCGUACAGUAAUAGAGAUGUAUCGGUACAGUAAUGGAUAUGUAUUGUGUCAUUCUAGAACUGACAUUGACCAGGUAUGAAUAUAUACAUGUAUAUCAUCUUACUAGCAAUUUUAUAUUAUAUAUUUCUUCCAUUUAAAAAAACAACAAAAACAUAUUGUUUUCAAGUUUUGUUUAGAUCAAAACGUGAAUAGGUAUUUUUGGCAAAUUUAAUUUUUUUACUGUACAUAAAACAUUCCAAUGUUUUACAUAAUUUUUUAUGGAAAUAAAUAUUUUAUAACUUUU